AUGGGGGACCCGCCUCCCAACCCUCAGCCCCCUUCCGAGCGGCCCACCCGCCGGAGGAGUUCCCAGGGCCCCGGCCCUGACCGGUGGCAGAGUUGGGACCCUGAUUAUUACCAGCCCUCGGUCGCGGAGGAGCAGCUGCAGAUGCAGUACGACCCCCAGAUGCUGAGAGAGCAGCAGGCGGGUCAGGAGCUCUGGGACCAUCGGGCCAACCUGGCGCAGGGGCCCGAGGCCUUCCCGGCUCCGGAAGCCCAGAUGCGGGGUGCGGCAUACCCCGCAGGAAGCGCCAGCUACCCCCAGGAGUUCCAGCCCUACUCUUACAGGGAUGAAAGCAGGGGCCAGGGCGCCGAGCGCAAGGCCAGUCCGCGGCUGCCCCUGGAGUCACCCUACCAGGACCCGCGGUCUGAGCUCUUGGACCAGUUCAGCCCCUACCAGAGGGAGGAGCUGCAGCUGGAGGGCACCCAGCACGGGCCCUACGUGAGGGACGACCCUGCCAUCCACUACUCGCCCUCCGAGCUGGGCUUCGGGCCCUACGACGAGGAGGUGCCGGAACCGGAGCCGCGGGAGCUGGCCGUGCAGAACGCCAAGGCCUACCUGCUGCAGACCAGCUUCAAAUGCGACCUCAGCCUGUACGAGCAUCUGGUGAAUCUGCUGACCAAGAUCUUGAACCAGCGGCCCGAGGAUCCCCUGUCCAUCCUGGAGCCACUGAACCGCACCACGCAGUGGGAGUGGUUCCACCCCAAGCCGGACACGCUGCGAGACGACCCCGAGAUGCAGUCCACCUACGAGAUGGCGGAGAAGCAGAAGGCGCUAUUCAUCCGGAGCAGUGGUGGUGCCGAAGGCGAACAGGAGAUGGAGGAGGAAGUGACAGAUUCACCGGUGCCCAACAUCAUGGAGAUGGCCUUCUACUUUGAGCAGGCAGGCAUCGGCCUGGGCUCGGACGAGAGUUUCCGCAUCUUCCUGGCCCUGAAGCAGCUGGUGGAGCAACAGCCUAUCCUCACGUGUCGCUUCUGGGGCAAGAUACUGGGCCUGAAGCGCAGCUACCUGGUGGCCGAGGUGGAAUUCCGGGAGGGCGAGGAAGAAGGCGAGGAGGAGGACGUGGAGGAGGUGGCGGACCCCGGGGAGGUCACGGAGACGCACGGCGAGGAGGAAGGCGAGGAGGACGAGGAGAAGGCGGCCGACACGCUCCCCAAGUCCACGUGGAAGCCGCCCCCCGUGGUCCCCAAGGAGGAGAGCCGCACGGGCACCAACAAGUACCUGUACUUCGUGUGCAACGAGCCGGGCCGGCCCUGGACGCGGCUGCCGCACGUCACCCCGGCCCAGAUCGUGCACGCGCGCAAGAUCAAGAAGUUCCUCACCGGCCACCUGGACGCGCCCGUCGUCAGCUACCCCCCCUUCCCGGGCAACGAGGCCAACUACCUGCGCGCCCAGAUCGCGCGCAUCUCGGCCGCCACACACAUCAGCCCGCUCGGCUUCUACCAGUUCGGCGAGGAGGAGGGCGACGAGGAGGAGGAGGGCGGCGCGGGCCGGGACUCGUUCGAGGAGAACCCGGACUUCGAGGGCAUCCCCGUGCUCGAGCUGGUCGACUCCAUGGCCAACUGGGUGCACCACACGCAGCACAUCCUGCCGCAGGGCCGCUGCACCUGGGUGAACCCUAUGCAGAAGUCGGAGGAAGAGGAGGAGCUGGGAGAGGAGGAAGAGAAGGCAGAUGAGGUGGAGCAGGAGGUGGAGCAGGAAGUCGGGCCCCCGCUGCUGACACCGCUGUCAGAAGAUGCAGAUAUCUUGCACCUUUCACCCUGGACGGCCCGCCUGUCCAGCACACUGUCCUCGCAGUACUCCUUGGCGGUCGUGCGCUCCAAUCUCUGGCCCGGCGCUUACACCUACGCCAUUGGCAAGAAAUUUGAGAACAUCUAUGUUGGCUGGGGCCACAAGUACAGCCCCGAAAACUUCAACCCGGCCCUGCCAGCCCCCGUUCAGCAGGAGUACACCAGUGGCCCCGAGGUCAUGGAGAUGAAUGACCCCACAGUGGAGGAGGAGCAGGCGGUCAAGGCUGCGCGGGAGCAGGCCCUGGCCGCUGCCGAGGAGGCCGGGGAUGAUGAAGAGGAGGAGGAGGAUGAGGAGGUGGAGGACUGA